AUGGGUAAAGGUAAAAAGAGGGGAAGCGAAAGCAGAAACAAUGAUUCUGGCUCUGAAACCCAAUGUGAUAUUGAAUCUGUUAUUGGUAAAUUGACGGAAACCGUAUUAGAUCUCAGAACUAUGGUGAUCUCUUCGGCAGAAAAUGUAAAGGAUAUUGAAAAGCGCUCAGCACAGUAUCAGGGCUCUACUACUCAAACCUUAACUUCAAAUUCUUUCAAAGUGGAGCAAUCUGCUACAUUUGUAAACAAAGCAUAUAUUUCGCAUUGGAGAGAACUAGGAGAGGGAAUAUUCAUUUCAGUCCUGGAGGGAAAUUGCAUCCGCGAGCCUUCUUAA